GCUGUUUUUUUUUUUUUUUGGGGACUAAACUUUUUGGUUUAAAAAUGGAGUAUUCUUGUGUGUCUCUACUUACAUUUUGCAUGUCUUUGCUUUGCUUCUUGAUUUCAACCCAAGGUAGAUGGCAUCAUCAUCAUCACCAUACCAAACACAAGCAUCAUUCUCACCAUGAUACAAUGCCUGAAAUUUCAGCACCCCCUGAGCCUUCCAUUGCACUUGCACCCGAGCCCUCCGGUCCACCUGACGACGAAAACUCCGGUGGUUCUACCGAAGUGUUCGACGUAAGGAAAUUCGGGGCGAUAGGCGACGGUGUAACCGACGACACAAAUGCAUUCAAGAUGGCAUGGGACACUGCUUGUCAAGUUAAUUCAUCAUCAACCAUCUAUGUUCCCAAUGGUUUUUCAUUCAUGAUUCAGUCCACGAUUUUUACAGGUCCUUGUCAAGGUGGAUUAGUUUUUCAGAUUGAUGGUACACUUAUGCCACCUGAUGGACCCGAGGAAUGGCCAAAGAAUAACAGCAAGCGACAGUGGUUGGUCUUUUACAGGGUUAAUCAAAUGUCUCUUCAAGGUGGUGGUGCCAUUGAUGGUAGAGGUCAAAAAUGGUGGGAUCUCCCUUGCAAGCCCCACAAGGGAAUAAAUGCAACAACUUUGCCUGGACCAUGUGAUAGCCCCGUCGCUAUAAGGUUUUUCAUGAGCUCCAAUUUGACAGUCCAAGGACUUAAAGUUAAGGAUAGUCCCCAAUUCCAUUUCAGAUUCGAUGGUUGCCAAAAUGUGCAUGUUGAAUCACUUCAUAUUACAGCUCCAGCCCUUAGUCCCAACACUGAUGGCAUCCACAUUGCCAACACAAAUGGUGUUCAAAUAUAUAAUUCAGUUAUCUCUAAUGGUGAUGAUUGUGUAUCGAUUGGAUCGGGAUGUUACGAUGUCGAUAUUCGGAACCUUACUUGUGGACCAGGUCAUGGAAUCAGUAUCGGAAGUUUAGGUAACCACAACUCUAAAGCUUGUGUACACAAUGUCACGGUUCGAGACUCGGUGAUUAAGGUAUCGGAUAAUGGUGUUAGGAUCAAGACAUGGCAAGGUGGGUCCGGGGCGGUUUCGGGUAUAAUGUUUGGCAACAUUCAUAUGAUAAGUGUUAGGAAUCCGAUUAUAAUCGAUCAAUUCUAUUGCCUUACUAAAGAUUGCUUGAACCAGACGUCCGCCGUUUAUGUGUCGGACAUACUCUAUGAAGGGAUCAAAGGGACGUACGAUACCCGAAGCCCACCGAUGCAUUUUGGGUGCAGUGAUUCGGUUCCUUGUACGAACAUUACGUUGUCGGAUAUCGAGCUACUUCCAGCUCAAGGAGAUAUAGUAUUGGACCCAUUUUGUUGGAAUGCUUAUGGGGAGUUGGAAACACUAACGAUACCACCUGUUUAUUGCUUGCGAGAGGGUGUUCCUCGAUCUAUAUUGGAUAAUAAGGAUAUGGAUCAUUGCUGAUGAUUUAGAAACCCUUCAUUUUAAUGUA